CAAUAGAAGGACGAUUUGACUGGAUUUGAUCCAAAAUGUUUUUCAAGAAAAAUUAGAAUAAAUCAAAAUAAACAUGAAGAGAAAUACACAACUAUUUGAUUUGUAUUGGGAAGAUAUAUUAGUAUCCAAAGUUAUACCAAAUCUAACUCUCAGAGAAUGUUUCAAUUUUCGCUGUGUAUCGAAAACCUGCCUCCAAAUUAUAAAUAUGUAUUUUGCGAAGCUAAAAUCAUUAAAAUUGAUGAACAAGGGAUUUUCUCCUCACACGUUUAGUGUGCUCGCACUAACAUGCAGUAGACUGACUGUGUUGAACCUAAGUCGAUGUAUGUCUAUAACAGACAAUGAUUUAAUUCCAAUGUUAAUGAGAAACCAGAAGCUAGUUACUUUAAACCUGAGCCAGUGUAAAAAUUUGUCUGCCAAAUGCUUGCAGCCGGUCAUCCUAUAUUGUAAUAACUUGCAAACACUCAAACUUGCACGCUGUGCGUGGUUGACUACAGGAGCUGUUGAAGCAUUAGCAUUACACCAGUGCAUGUUGGAAGAUGUAGAUUUAUCAUACUGUGUCACAAUCUCAGAGAGCUGUAUAUUAAUAUUUGUGAAGAAGUUCCGACAUCUGAAAACCUUCAACUUAGAAGGAAAUAAGCAAGUUUCAGAUAAAUGCUUAUAUGCACUGUCCAAGUACAGCACCUCAUUGAAGCUUCUGAACCUCAGCGGAUGCACAGAAAUCUCAGAUAAAGGUGUAAGGGCCUUGGCCAAUCAUAGUAAAAAUCUGGAGGGUCUACUAGUCCGAGGAUGUAUGAAGGUGACGGAGAACAGCCUGAAACUGAUGAGGAACAGGGUGCAUCUGGACCGCAAACCUGUGGAACCUGUCCCUGUGCCCAUCUAUGUACAGGUCUGAUCCAAAGGUUGUUACAAAAAUGUGUGUCAUAAUUUUUCAAGUUCUGUAAGGCGCAAAGUAAAUGGUGGAGCGGAACGGCGAAUUCGUUUUGCCCUCUUUGUGCGCUGUUAUUAUAGGAUUCUGUUUCAUUAUCGUUCGCGGUCAAAUUCAAACUAGCAUUUUUUUUUAAUUGUGUCGAAGGACAUGCUUUGUAGAUACGUUUUUUUAAGAGUAGGAAUUUGGAAACUAAAUUAAAUUUGUCUUCCCGUUAAAUUUAUUCUCACGUACAUCUCAGUGAUAAAGUUCGUCCUGCAUCGGCUUCUACCUAAUUGCAACAAAGAGACGGU